GCGAACCAUCGCCGCUCGAAACCAACACAACUCAUCGUCGAUUUUCUCAGGUUUUAUGGAUAACUUCAACAAUUGUUCUGUUGAAAAUGCAAAACAUCCUUCUGGCAAUGAGACUCUUAUGUACUUUAUGAACACAAUGCACGACAUGAAGAUUAUGGUUGUUGUUGUUACCCAGACAAAUGUAGAAGAGUGUGAUUGUGAGACAAGCCAGGAUUGGAAGCAAUUCUUGCGAGCUUUGGGGUGUUACAGGCUCCUGCCAACAAACUUCAGGAACAAAGCAGAAAUUGAGCACAAACUUAGCCAUUUUGUGCGACGAG